UCAUGUUUUUUAAGAAAUAAUUUCUCUGCUUCUUCUUCAAAGGAUGUUCUUUGUACAAUGCAAAAGGCGUUCCCGGCGUGCAAGUCUUUAGGAAACUUAAAUUAUGAAAAACUUUGGGGAUUUCUCGAUGCAGACUUUGCAUCAGAAGUACAUUACUGCGAAAAGUGCUAUAGAGUUUUCCCUAACAAUCCAGAUGUUGACACAUGCAGGGAAUGUGGGGGUCCACGAUACAAGGCAGGCAAUACAAUUAACAGAGCAAAACAAGCAUGUGCGAGCUUUGUCUAUGCAAAUGUUGAAAGACAGUUGAAGAACUUGUUGCAAUCUCCAGGAAUAUGGGAUGAUAUUAAACGAAACAAAAGCCAAAUAUUGGAAAGACAUGUAGACACCCCUCACCUUAUCACUGAUAUAACAGAUGGAAGGAUAUACAGAGAGUUAUUAUCUGAAGGAGGAUUCCUCUAUCACAACUGCAAUAUUACUGUUUUAAUGAAUACUGAUGGAUUGAGUCUUUAUUCGUCUUCUAAAGUACAACUUUGGCCUGUUUUCUUUGCUAUAAAUGAACUAUCACCUUCUUUGCGUUUUGCAAGGGAAAAUAUUAUACUUGCAAGCAUAUGGCAAGGAAAAGGGAAACCACCAAUGCAACAAUAUUUGGGAUCGCUGUGCUCUGUUUUUAACAAUUUGUAUGAUGCAGGGAUUGUUGUAGAAUUAGAUAAUAAAGAAACCAGUGUCAAAGUGAAAGUUAUUUGUGGUACCUACGAUUUACCUGCUAAAGCUGCUGUCCUAAAUAUGACCCAAUAUAAUGGAAGUGAAUCCUGCAUAGCCUGUGAAGAUCCAGGUAAAGUUGUAAAACAAGGAAAGGGACACUGCAGAAAUUUCCCAUUCCGAGAAAAUAAUGACAAAUACCCAGAACGAAAUCAAGACAAUGUAUCUCUUUGCAUGUUGAACAGCACACCAAACAGUCGAAUAAAAGGUUUCAGAGGAGAGUCUGCUCUACUGAAGCUGAAGGAUUUCACAAUUGUAAGUGGAAGCCCCUCUGACUACAUGCAUGGAACAUUACUUGGUGUUGUUAAAUGCCUCAUGAACAAAUGGUUCUCGGCAACGGAAAGCAAAAGUAACUACUUUGUUGGGAACCAUUUAAAGAUUAUUUCAAAACGAAUGAAUAGCAUACAGCCUCCACAAUGUAUGAAAAGAUUACCUCGAGACCUGGAACAAAAUUACACUCAUUUCAAAGCUACAGAAUUGCAAGCAUGGCUUCUUUACUAUGCCCUUCCAUGUCUAUGUGGAAUUUUGCCAGAGAUUUAUUUGCAUCAUUUUGCUUUGCUUUCCGAAGGAAUUUAUAUGCUGUUAAGUGAUCAUAUAACGAAUGAAAACCUUAGAAGAGCAGAAGGAAUUCUUAGCAAGUUUUUUCAAGAUUUUUGUGAUUUGUACCCUCAAGGAAACUGUGGACUUAACGUGCAUAACAUUGGGUUCCAUUAUGUAGACUAUGUUCAACUUCUUGGUCCAUUGUGGGCAUAGAGCUGUUUCCCAUUUGAAGACUGCAAUUCUAUGAUUACAAAAUCAGUGCAUGGAACUGGGAAUAUAACGCAUCAGGUAAUGAGGCUGAAGGAGGCACAAACUGUUUUGAGAAACAAUCUUCAAUUGACUUUAAAAGAAAGAUUAUGGAAAUGUACCAAAUGUAUGUUGAAUUGUGAAGUUGCAGGGGCCUUGCGUAAAAUUCCCAAUGAUGCAUAUGAAUCUUUCAUUAUGAGAUCGUUUUGUGCUGAGGAUACCUCAGAGAUAAAAAAAGUAGAAAGAAUUCUUCUCCAUGGCAAAAAGUUUUAUUCUCAAAGUUAUGCUCGUAUGAAGAGGAGAACAUGCAGUGUCUUUAUAACGAAAAGCAGAAAACUUGUUGUUGUGCUUUAUUUUGUUUUACAUUUAAAAACUGAACUUGUGUAUGCUCUUGUACUACCAAUGCAACUGAAAGAGUAUGGUAUUUUGAAUGUUGGGAAACAUUUUGCAAGUGUGAAUAUUGACCAAAUUUGUGAAUUGAUUCUAGUUGAAGAACUUGAAGAAAAUUUAUGGUAUGUUGAUGUCAAAGAUGACACUAUCACAGAUAAGUUCAUUGUUAGGAUGCCAAAUUCUCAUGGACAUGCCAUUUUCAAAUAAAAGUUCUGGAUCCCAUUUUUUAUCAUGAUUAUAAAUGUUUAUUUCAAGAGGGAAGAUUUUUUUUUUAUGUGUACACAUAUUUUACUGUUAUCAGCUGUUUCAUUGACCCUUUUUUGUACAGGGUUCUGUGUCCUUUCAGUUGGGAGUUUUUUGUCGACAAUUUAAUGUUUUGGUAUUUUUUGGGGAAAAAUGAAUUAUUAAUAACAAAUGUGACUCAACACAGGUUAGCAAAACAAAAAGAUUCUAUAUAGUUUUCUUGGUUUUCUUUGGCGUAUUACUUUUUAAAUCAUAAAAGUAUUGUUUUGUGAUUGUUUAUUUUGUAUCACAUAUAUAAGGAUGUCUCACUAAGCAUAGUUACAAUUAUCAGCAUCCUUAGAGUCUUUCAUGUUUUAUAACACAAUACAACACACUUUUUCAGUUAGGUAGAUUUUAGGAAAAGACAGUCAAUUUUCAUUGGGAUAUUAUGCCCUGUCAGAUUCAUGGUUUUGCCAAUAUUUCUUGAUUUAUAGAGAUAGUUGGUUUUCCACAGUUUGUAAAGUAAAAUGACAAUUACAUUUAACAAUAGAGUUGUUUGAGUUCAGAUCACUGAAUUUAAAUGAAAAACUUACAAAAUCAUUAGGCAAAUAUGUACUGACACUGUAAUUCAAAUUUUUUUUUACCUGGCAAUGUACUAUUUUACAGAUUUCAAUAGGAUGUUUAAUGAAUUACAAAUGUAUAAAUUUUCAGAGACUAAAUUAAACCAUUAUUCAAAAAGUUAUAUAAAUUUACUGUUGCUGAACUGUAUUUUUCAUGGUUGAUGAAUUAACAAAAUGCACUACAAAUGUUCAUGUAAAAGUUCAUUCUGGCAAGUUUGUUGAAAUACAUUAAAUAAAGGAUUGUGAUUUGAAUUUCUGUAGAAAUUGCUUUUUUUAUAUGGAAAUAAGUAAAGAAUCUGUGUGAUGUUUCAUUGGGGAAGUCAUUGCUAUGAUUGCUCCAAUAAUAUACCUGUGUCCGCUCCUACAGCAUGGGAAACAUAUUAGCAACAUAACAUACCAGUAUGUUUAAGUUCAAUUUAUUUGUUUACAUAUUUGAAUUAACAGAUUUAAACAACAAUAAAUUGUAUUAAACCAUAAAAACAUCAAGCAGGAGAAAUCUUAAAUGUAUUAUAAAUCUGUACAGGUACUGUUAAAUUUUCAAGAAAAAAGAUUUAUA